UUAAUUUGAAUGAUACAUCCACUGAACCAUUUACUCUGAAUGAUACAUCCACUGAACCAUUUACUCUGAAUGAUACCACUAUUGAUCCAUUUUUUACAACCACUCGACCAUUUCAUCUGAAUGAUUCUACCACCGAACCAUUCCAUCAGAAUCAAACAACCACACGGCCAUUUUAUACGUAUUUGAAUACCACCGAUUCAUUUUAUCUGAACCAUACAACCACUGUACAAACGACUUUGCGUAAUGCAACUCCUAAUAAAACUGCAGUUUCAACCCCUACAUAUCACGCUACCACAACAACGCCGGCAACAUCAACUACCACCACGACAAGAACAACAUCAACGACGACACUAUCAACCACAACUUCUAAAUAUCCUAGAGGCUGUCAAAGUGGUUUUGCACCUGAGGGUCCUUCUGAGAGGUGUGUUCCAUGCCAGCCUGGAUUCUAUAAGGACAGUCAUGGGAGGCAACCAUGUACACGAUGUCCUGGAGAUAGACACGGUAUACAUGCAGCCACUUAUCCUGGUGCAACAAGUGUCGCCGAAUGCACAUUUGCUCCCUAUAUCGCGCAUAUUUACCCCAAUUUUGGUCCUAUGGCGGGAGGUACCAUGAUCAGCAUUGAACUGCAACACAUUAGACUUCAUGAAACAGUGGUUACAGUAAAUGUUGUUGGAGUGCCAUGUAACAUCACUAGCAAUACGACCGAGGCAGAUGGCAUGACAUCUAUAGUAAACUGUAGCGCACAACGUUCGGAGGUCACUGGUCGUGGAAAAAUUGAAGUAUAUCUCGAUUUCGCCAAACUAAACCGCACCCUUGAUAAUGUAAACUCAACAUAUACAUAUAUGGAGAAUCCAGU